AUGGUAGAAGACACUGAAAUGAGGGUCAAAGGAAGCAGAAAAGGCAAGAACACCCAGGUUCGAGUUGACAACAAUGCCACGAACGAGAACGAGCCAGAGGCCAUCGACAAUGAAGCUGACAAAGACACCAAUUCUGACUCUGACUUCGAUGAUGGCGACAACUGGAGCACCCACAUGAAAUCUUUCCUCCAAUCCAUGCCUCAUGUGAUGAAGCAUCUCAAAGGAGCAUAUGACAAGAAGCACCCAAAAUGGAGCUGCUCCCUCAAUGAUGCUUUAAUCAACACUCUGCAUGGAACAAUUGACACUACUGGAGAAUACAAUGUAAAUUACCUCGUUCUAGAUGUGAUCAAAGAGUACCUUACUUUCAACCAAGUAUGGAGAAAGAUCGAAAACAGCCUCACAAAUGAAGCCACCAAGAUGUCUCACAGACUUGUGCUCAUCUCGCAGCUCAAUGACAUAAAGAUGUUUUACUCGGAUGCCAGAAAGCUAAUUCAAGAGAUCCAGUCCAUACAGACUGAAAGUAGCCUCCUUGGCAAACCAUUCGCCGAUGAUACAUUGUUCUCGGUUCUGCAGAAAUGCAUGAUCUGGCAUCCGGUGUAUAAGGAGACGGUCACCACCAUCCAUCAAAUCGAUUUCAACACCCUCGCCACUGCACUAAGCAUCCGACAGACUGCUGUCGAGAGUGUCCCCAUGCAAAAGAUCGACCCCCACCAAGCCAGUGCCCAGACUGCCAGCAAUGAUGAUCAAAGCGAAUGGACUGGAGAGACUGAAGCUGAAGCCGACAAUAGCCCCACAAGCCUGAAGAACACAGGAAGAUCAUGCCAAAUCUGA